AUGGCCACCAUACAGCCACAGAUUCAGCACCCACCUCAGGAUUACCAGCUCCCGCCACCACAUGGGGCGUACCAGCGUCCUCCCGAGAUGUAUGGUCAUCCACCCCCAGCUCCGCCCCUGGUGGUAUACCCGGCUGCCGCUCCAAGACAACGAACUGCGAUAGCCUGCCGAUACUGUAGGAGACGGAAGAUUCGAUGUUCGGGAUUCGAGUCCUCCCAGGAUGGACGAUGCAGUAAUUGCGUUCGCUUUAAUCAGGAAUGCAUGUUCACGCCGGUUUCGUCACAAGCACAAGCCUUUGUCCCUGCUCAAGCAGUCUACAACCAUUUUCGCGGCACGGCACCACGGGGUGGUCCUCGAGCUGAUGCUAUACCAUUGUAUGGUGCACAUGGCCAACCGCUUCCUCCACCGCAGGCACCACAACAUCCACAAGAUGGACCUCUCCCUCCUCCACAAAGUUUAUAUCCACCUCAUGCUUAUGGCAGGCCGCCCGUCGACGACCGCCCUCCCCCCCCUCAUUUACAGCCUCCCCCGUUGCAACCGGAUCAUAGAUCCUCAAUGAUCUCGCGUGAUUCAAGAGAAGGAUAUUCUUACUCUGAAUCUACCACACUCCCUCCCGUCUCAGCGGCUGUGUCUGGGACCGCAUACCCCAGCCAUACAGCCCAAGCGCCGUACGAUAGACGUUCGUCGCCUCAUUCCCAAUACUCAUUCGAGCAUCGACACUCCUCUUCUCCGCACGGGUCUACCUCGUCCAAUCUGCCAUAUCCACCCAUCCAACCGCAACAUCCUCCGCCGUCCAUCCCAAUUCGAACCCCACCACCCGGUCAAACAACCGUCUCAUCUGGUAGCCGUGGGUUGAGUGUGAGGGAAAUGCUGGGCCCAGAUACUCAAGGCACACGAAGUUCUACAGAUAGCGAUAUGCUCAAUGCCCUAAACCGGAGGGUUUAG